GAGAUCGAUGAGCAGACCGGGCGGUGUGCGCGCUCGUGUGUGUGUGUGCAAAGGAUGGACUCGCUGAUGCUGUUCCAGCCACUAACCGUGUACUGACGGAUCUACCGAACCCAAACCAGAGGCGAUAUUUUAUGUGUUGUUCACCGAGGCUCUCAUUAUUAUCUCAUUUUCCUGGCGUGAUGCAGUCUCAAGGAAGCACUUCCACCCAGCCCUCCUUCGAUUCCCUGAGUUCCAGCGACAGCCUCGUGCUCAGCGACUCGGAACAGAUGGAGGACGACACUGACGUCUUUUUGACGGACACCUCUUCCUCCGUCACCAUCGGCGAAGUGGCAUCCAAAAAGGAGCGGGGCUCGAGGAGCCCCAGGUCACAAUGGGCGUACAGCGGCUUCUCGGGCGAGGAAGAGGCAUACAGGUCGCAGAAUGACGGCAAGGGGGCAAACUUCAGCAUGCUCAAUGCAGAUGCUGCGAGCCAGAGACCCAAAUCAGAUGGAGAUCUGCUGUUUGCUCAGAAGUGUGCUGAGCUGCAGGGUUUUGUCAGGCCGCUUCUCGAGUUGCUGAAUGGGCUGAAGAGUGGCCGAUUCGACCACGGUUUAAGCAGUUUCCAGCAGAGCGUCGCCAUGGAUCGCAUCCAGAGGAUUGUCGGGGUUUUGCAGAGACCAGACUGUGGGGAGAAGUACCUGAACACUUUGCUCCAGGUGGAGGUGAUGCUAAAGCUCUGGUUUCCCCAUAUCUCUGCUCAGCCUGUGUCUUCGUCCUCCAGUUUCUCCACUUCCCCCACUCACUCCCUCCAGGACACUUCCAGCUCCACUCCGCCACACAAACAUCGGGACCAGCUGCAUAUCCCCGUCAAGAAGCGCAGACUCAGCUGGACAGACACUGACUCCCCCACGCCCUCCCCUGUACCUAUCAAGUGCCGUCGUACCGGUGGAGAGGAGAGGAGGAAGAAGCACACUCAAGAUGAAAGGGAUCAGUCCACUGCUUCUCCACUGCUGGCUUCUGACACAAACCCGAGUUUGCCAGAUGUGGUCUGCAGCAGCCAGCUAAACAACGGCGCAAAGGGAAAUGACAGCGAGGGCGAGGAGCUGGACCAGCGCUCAAAGUACAAGGCGACUCAGAGCUCCGAGCCGAGGCUGACGUGGGUGCACGUCGCUCCCAUCCCGUCCCCCCGAAAAACGUGCAUCUCGCAUGAGGCCAUAAAAACGGAAAGUGUCGGCGAAAUCGUUCUCACAGCAGCGAGCAGGGGCAGUCCAGCUAUGCAAGACUGCUCCAUCUCAUCCACCACGCCCUCUAAAAACCCCAAAAAUCAGAAGAAACCAACACAGUGCCAAAGCCAGCCCAUUGCUGCUGGACUGCAAGGUGAGACAGAGAGCACUGGGACAUGUCAAGGUCAAAACCAGCCCGCAUUUGUCUCGCUGAAGCCUCUGGCUCGGGUAUGCCCCUCCACCGUGGAGACCUGACACACAGAGAGAGCAAAAAGCCAGCAGCCUUGCUCUCCUUAAACCACCUGAGGCAUAAAGCUGCUGCAACACAAAGAAAGGGAUGAAAGCGUUGUUUAUGAAUGCAUUUCAAAAGGAAGAGAAUAGCAGUUAGUGGAGGUGGAUAUAAACGAUAAAUUGCUAUGGGUAAAUUUGAAGGGAUGGGGAAAUUUUUGAAGUGAAGUUCUGAUCAAGGAUUACAAGCACUAAAUGUCUUAUCUGGGUUUUGUUUAAUAUAAAUCUAAAUAGUUGGUCUAAAAGCAGACUCAUGCUGAUGUCAUAGCAUGAGUCUGCCUAUUAUUUAAACUGUUUUGUGGUUAUUUACACAGAAAAUUGUGAUAAUUUACAUAACAAUUGGUAUUGGAGGCAGCGUUAGACAUGGUCUUCCUCUGUGAAACGCAUACUGACAACAGAACAUGUGAAGUACGUGUCAAACUCAAGGCCCAGGGGCCAAAUAUGGCCAACUGUAGCUUUUUACGUGGCCCUCUAGACUCCAAUUUACAUUAAUAAGUCCCUCCAGUUUUUCAACAAAUUUGCAAAACUCACUUAAAAUUGACACAAAGUCUGCAGAUUCCCACAUUUUAUUUUGAUUUUUACCGCUAUUUUUUUUUUUUCUCAAAAUUGGCCUAAAACUUUCCUUGAUGUCAAGUUAUGUCAAGUAAUACGGCGAUUAAUAAAGUCAUUUAACAUCAUACAUUAGCACAAAAAUCAUAAAAAUUCCUUGCAAAUAUUUCUAAAUUAGUGCCACAAAAUGAUUUUGAUUGCAAAAGAAACACAAAGACAUUCAUAAAAUGCUGGAUGGACUGACCACUGUGGAAAGAUGCUCAACAUUAUGUAAUUUUAAGAAACACUUACUGAAUGCUGAAACAAACAACUAUUUAUUGAUAUUUUAACAGUUGAAUUGGUUUUAUCAAUACAUUCUGGCACUACUGACCCUUUAAGAGCAUUCAGAAUUUUGAUGUGGCCCAAAAUCAAAAUGAGUUAAACAACUCUGGUGUAAAGUGUUCCUGCUUGGAGUAACUAUGUGGUAUGGAAAAGGUUUAAGUGAAUGGCAGUAUACUUUUAUGCCUAUUUUAGUAGGAAAAACGCUUCCUUUGUUCAAUUCCCACAGGAAGUUUCACACAGGAAGAUCACUGGCGGCGGAGCGCCUCCCACCUCCAUCGCCUCUAUGAGUAAUCAUUGGAUUUUGUGUGAAUAACCAACAAAUCCAAAUGACUAAAGGCUCACAAAAUAGCGUGUAGAUACCCCGCUGUGGUGCUUUUGAGGCUGGACUUGUUUUACAACUGUAGAAGUCCAGGCCCAACUAUCCCAAAUUUAUACUAGAUCAAGAUUUAAUGAGAGUUAUCCACCAAUGGUAAGAUAACCGUUAACAGAAGCUCACUUAAAAAUAUCCAAACUAUCCCUUUGAACUUUUUUUUUUAAAUACACAGUAUGGAAUAUAAUGUGUUUCAGAUAUAUAUUAAAAAGAACUAUUGAUAAAGUAAUAUUCUUAAUUUUAUAUUAAUCCAAACAUGCACUAAAAGAGGUUAUAAUUAAAAAACUAGAAUACACCUAAACAUCAGGAAUACAGGUGCAAAGAUGGUCAAUGGAGAUUGGAACGAGUUUCAAGAGCAAUUAAGAGAAUAACUUCAUAGCAUGAAAGCAAACAAUAUAUUCAGAGAUAGCUGUUUUCGCACAACUUUAUCUUAAACUUGAAACUUUACAAACUUUGGAGUCUGAUGUCAGUAUUUAAAAUAAAACCCUAGAAUGCUAUGAUUCCAAUCAGAGCAUUUAACAGAGUGAGCUAAUAUUUGUGUUAUGACAGGAAGUCCUGUUUGAUUUUACAACUAACUGUAGAUAGGAUAGGAGAAAAAUAAGUGUGAAGUGAGUAAAGCCAAGUCCUGUGGCUUUUAAGGUGAAAAAUACAGCACUGACUAAUUAAUAUGCUGUAUAUGUGGUGUGUUGGAGUCAGUGAAGAUGGUGGAAAACAAACAUCUAACAUCCCACGAAUGUAUUCCAAAAUGUUUGAACUCUUCACAUCCAGAGGAGCGACGCCGUAGCAACGACCCGUCUCGCUGUGAAUCAGGCGCUGCCGCCCAGUGUCUGUCUGCAAACCGACCGGCGAUCAGGGUCAAGAAAGACUUUUUUCUUUUUUUCUUUUUAAUGACCAGCCUGAGAGAAGCAAACAGAAAAGACAGCAACCACUCAGACAUAAGACUCUAGUUCCAUUGUUAAUUUAUUCACAUUUCAAUCAGACACUGCAGCUAUUUAUUAUUGUUUAUAUUUAUUUAUUGGGCAGCUGAUUACCGCCUGCUGUGCAUUCGCAUAGUUUGGCCCAGUUUCCUUUUCGAGGGUUUUCGAUACUUUUGACAUUUCAUGUGUUUUUUACUACUAUCAUGAGGAGAAAAAAGGAGGCAGAUAAAAUAUUUUGACUGGACUAAUGGACUACUGUGCCUUUUUGCCAAUGUGUUUGAAAAAGAUCUUGGUGCUUUCAGUGCAUUUUGAUUGUUUGCAUUUCACAAAACCAAUAACACAUUCAAUCAAGGAAAGCCAACAUGUAGUCUGUACAUUUUAAAAAUGCACCAAUGCAUCAAAACCAACAACAUAGUAGACAACUAAACCAACAGCGUCCAGAUCCGAUAUCCUGAUAUCUGUUUGUCCUCACUGCCCACAUCUCAAGCUGAUAUGGUGUGUGUAUGUGUUCAGGUAAUUUGGUGAGAAACCAGUAAUGUAAAAACAAAAACAAGGGUUUACUUGAUUUCUUUUAUCUUCAAACACAAAAAUAUUUCUAGUAAGGUACGUAAUUCUGUGACUAUCCAUCACCGUGACUGUAGGAGGCGCUGUCUUAGCCGUAGGCUAACAAAAUUUUUCACAAAUGGCAAUGAACAAAAACAUAGAAAAUUAACACUUUUUUUAUGUAUUUGGAUGAGGAUUUUUAAGAAAUUAUGUAAUAUUUAAUUUUAUGUUAAAAACGCUCAUCCCUGCCAUUUAUGGGCAAUGGUGUCACAAAGAUCCUUGCUAUCACAUUGAUGUUUGGAAAAAAAAAAAAAAAUUGCCAUUGUUUUUUUUUAUAUAUAUAUAAAUACAAAAAUGUUUCUGUCAAGGGUUCCACAAAAAAAAGACUUGUAUUUCCCUUUUUUAGUUUGUAUUUUAUCUUGAAAUCAGAUAGCCACCUCUUUUUGUUGUAUUUUAUUACUAAUUUGUGGUUGAAGAAAUCUGGUUUUAAGGCUUCCACAGACCGAAUAUGCACACUGUCAGCAGUGGCUAUAAAUUUUGUUGUGUAUGAUUGAGCAUAAUCUUUAUUUAACGCUCUUUUUGGGCUCUAAUCAGCGAUGGAGCUAAUUGAACUGCUGGUGCUCUUAAAAGAAAAAUAUAUAUAUAUAUAUAAAUUAGCUAGAAAAUCUUUAUUUGUACUACAUGCUUCAUAGGACCCCCUUAUUUAUUUUUAAAUUAAAAAAUAAGCUAACAUUCAUAUAAAUAUUAAGCUAUCUUUAUCAUUGUGAUCGAAUCAACUUGUAUUAAAAAAAAGAAGCAUAUAAAUAUUGAAAUUAUUUGUAAUUUUUUUUUGUAAUUAAUUCACUAAUUUUGUACCGAGGGAGGUGACACCUCUUAAAACACCUACAUGUAAACACAGAGCCCGCCUGGCAGACAUCAUGUUACUGCCCAUGUUUUUGGAGCAACGAGCACACAAACCCUCCGUCACAGAUCCAGACUCUGGAUCAGAGCCUAAGGGCGGGGGGGUUGUCUUCCACCUCACUCUUGUUUACUGUUGAAGUAUGAUAGAGAAACCAAUUGCACUUAUUUGUUAACCUGCUUUUUUUUUUUUGGCUUUCUCGGAUGUAUGUUUUGGGGGUUUAUUUUUACUGUUGCAUCCACUGCUGAUUAGUCAGGAAUAACAAUGUUUUGUUUAUUUUAGCUGCCUUUCUCUCAUUAUACGCUGACUGUAAAUGCGUCCCUUCCCCCAUUCGGCUGCACUGCUCUGCCCUUGCCAUCUCUGCUACAUCCCCCUCAAUCCUGUUAGUAUCUUCCUCUCAAACGAAGCUAUUUCUUUCUUUCACUUUCAUCUUUUUUCUGAUAUUAUCCUCCUGACUACUUUGUUUUCCAGCAAUGACACAAGACAGAAAUCUUUUAAUAAACGACACAUUUU